AACCCAACAAAAACAAACCAGCAUGGCGGUGUCUCCCUCCCUGCGCCACCACUUCCUCAUUUUUAUCACCUCACAUCGUCGCAGUGCCUCCAUCAAUCAGCACCAAAUCCACCACGGAGACUCAACAUUUAUUAAUAACCACGCCAUUAUGUCCAAACCGGGAGACAUCUGGCGGGAAGCGCGGGAAGCAGCCAGUAUUGAUUGAGCCGUGAAGCGGUGUGCGUGUGGGAGUGAGCGCUUCUCCUAUCACCCCUACGCCCUCCACUAUGUCUAGGGCCUCGGGCGAGAGCCGCAUCCCCACGGCUCGCCGGUCCGGCCUGCCCCGCCCCGCCCCUCCCCAGCUAAGGGUGGGCGCCCCCUUCUCCCUGCAAGGGGGCUCUGGGCCCUUCUCGUUGUCACCCACCGCCGCCCACGAUCUGCCGCUACCCCCGCCGCGUCCCCGCCCGCCCCACAAGACCGCCCGCUUCUCCGCGGGGGACCUGCCGGAGUGCGGCGCACCGCGGCGCGGCCCCCAGCGGCCCGUGUCGUCCGGUGGGCGUCUGGGGCAGGGCGAGGGCUGGGGCGGGCCGGAGCGGGCGUGGGCGCUCACCACCGCCCCGGACUCCGCCUUCUCGCGACAGCUGGCGCGCGUGACGCACGGCGCGCAGCUGUACGAUGACCACGACGAUGACGACCACGACGACGACCACGACGACCCGCGCCGCGCUCGGACUGAUGCGCGCCUCGCCUGCCUGAGGGACGCCCGCGCCUGUUGGGAGGGGGUCGCCGCGCCCCAGCCCCCCUGUGAGCCGCGGCUGACGCGUGAAAGCGUGGGCGCGCGCGUGGUGGUGGGCGGCGUGGAGCCGGGCACGCUGCGGUACCUGGGGCGCACGGCCUUCGCGGCGGGAGAGUGGGCGGGCGUGGAGCUGGACCUGCCGCUCGGCAAGAACGACGGCUCCGUGGACGGCGUCAUCUACUUCACCUGCCGCUCCCCGCACGGCAUCUUCGCCCCCCUCUCCCGCGUGGCGCCCGCGCCGCACGACGCCGCGCCUUCAGGCAUGCCCGGCCCCGCCCCGGCGUCCACGCCCGCGCCCACCGCCCUGCCCAGACAGCUCACAGACUCCUCCCCGGAGGGUCCGGAAUGCCCCGGGAUGCGCGGGACGCGGCGCGGCGAGGAGGGGGAGGAGGUGGCGGGCAGCCCCGGCAGCCCCGGGGACGCCACGUGUGACGACUCCUCGCUGGGCAUCCUCACGCCGGACCAGAUGCCGGACUUCACCGUCACCGCCUCCGCCUCGCUGGGCCGCUCUCCCUCCGACGAGGACGUGGCGGCGCUCGAGGACGAAGUGUGCGAGGGCGCGGCGGCGGCGGCGGCGGCAGCGGCGAGCGGCGAAGGCGCGGGCUGCAGCGGCGGGCGGUGUGAGGCCAAGGCGCUGCCGCGGUGGGACUCAGACCCCAGCGUGGCGGCGCUGGACGAGGAGCUCUUCCGCAGCGACGUGUCCGCCAUCAUCCGCGAGCUGCGCUCCUCCGCCGAGGCCACCUCCUCGGGGGGCUCCUCCCCCUCACGGCCGCGCCCCUCGCCUGACACUGAGCGCUUCCAGCGGGACGAGGCGCGGCUGCAGCAGGAGGACGAAGACGCGCACGCGAACCAGCACCAGGAAGCUCCAGCUCCCGCCCCAGGCGUGGUGCCGCGGGGCAGGGCGUGUCCCCCGCUGCCCGAGCCCCGCGAGGUGCCGGGCGGCGUAGACCUGGCGCGCCUGCCCGCCGUGGCGCGGCGCGCGGCGCCCCUCACCACGCGGCUGCUGCUGGCGGCGGCGGCGCCCGGCGAGGUGACGCCCGAGACGGAGGCGGCGUGGACUGGGGGCGUGGUGGGGGUGGUGGGCGUGGGCGGCGCUGCCAUGACCACCAGCGCGGGCAGCCUGGACCAGGGGUACCAGGGGGACGCGGAGUGCGACCCGCGGUCUGAGGGCGGCACGGGCACGGCGUCGUCGCCCACGGAGGACGUGCGUCUGUUCCAGGGCGUCAUCGACGUGGAGGCGGACGUGAGCCUGGGCGAGGACGACCACGAGGCGGAGCACCACGGGGGCGGCGCCCCGCGUGGGGACCGCUCGGCUCGUAUCAUUGACGGCAAGCUGUACCAUGCGCCCCGCGAGCUGGCGCGCCCGCACGACCCCAACGCCUCGGAGAUGGACUCCUCGGGCUUCUACUCUGACCUGGACCCGCGGGACCGCGACGCCGAGGACGAGAGCACGAGGACUGACCUCGAGCCCGUGCAGGAGGCGCUGGGCGGCGGCGCCCUGCACGACUCCCUGCUGGAGGAUGACUCGCGGGGCGGCGCCUCGCUGCACGACUCCCUGCUGGACGAGGACACGCGCGCAGACCAUUCUCUGGACGAGGACCGCAGCUCAGCCUCCACCCUCAGGCCGGAGUCCAAAGACCCCACGCUGAGCGACGCUCAUGACGCCCCAGAGGCGCCGCCCCCCGCCACCACCACCUUGCCCUCCCCCGGCGACGCCCUGCCGCCCGGCACCACCAUCAUCCCCACCACCCACAGCGCAGCCCCCACCGUCAUCGUGGCCCCCGCCACGCAGCCCUCAUCCGAGCAAGACGCCCCCACCCCGCCCCCGCCGCCUCAGGACGCGGCGCCCGCCACCGACAGCCCCGCAGGCGCCGAUGCCGAGGAGGAGAGUGCGCGUGCGCGCGUCCGUACCUACGAGAAGCCGUGGUUGGCCCGCCCUGUGGCGCCGCGGCGGCGGGAGGAGCCGCGGCGCCCGCUGCCGCCGCCGCCACCCAUGCCUAAGCGUAACGUACAGUCCAAGCUGAAGGCGCUCCUGGAGGCGCCGCGCGAGGCGCCGCCCGAGGAGGUGCGGCGGCCGCGGCAGCCGCGCAAGAACCGCUGGGACGACGUGAUGACCAAGAUCGCCGAGGGGCAGCGCGAGGCGCCGCGCGGCCCGCCCCGUGAGGUGAAGAGUCGCCUGAUGGAGGGCGUGCUGGCGCCCGCCGCCACGCUCUCCCCGCAGGCGGAGCGCAUCAGGCAGGAGCGGCGCGAAAGGCGGGAGCGACGCCAGGCGGCGGCCACGGCGGCGGCGGCGGCAGCAGCGGCGGCGGCGGCGCGGCGACCUCUGCACACUCGCGGGGACAGGAAGAGAAGUUCCGCCAGUAUUCGAAGUAACCGGACCAGCCGCGCCCCUUCCCUCGACUCUCUGCCCGCCGACCCCGCCUCCUUUGCCUCCUACAGCAGGGGCUCCUCUGUUGACCGAUCAGAGGCGUCCCAUAAGUCAAGCUCCACUGCGUCAGGAGGUGGAGCAUCAAGAGCUUCUAGGGACUCCCGCGGCCUCUCCUCCUCCUCCACUCCCGCCCCUCCUCCUCCUCCUCGCUCCUCUUCCUCUUCCACCCCCACCACCACCACCGCUGCAGACAAAAAACGUAUCGACACCACCACCACCACCGCCCCCCGCCGCCCCCGCCUGGACAACAUCAAAGCCACCCUUACCGCCAAGCCAGCCAGGAUAACACAAAGGAAACCCACAGAUCCCGUGAAGGCGCCUCGCUCAACUAUCAGCACUGGACCAGGGGCGCCCCGUUCCAACACUGUAGGAGGACACAAUGGCCCCGCCCACACGCCCACGCCCCUCCAGGACCACGUCAAGCGCCUGGAGGCCGAGGCAGCAGCGCGGGCGGCGGAGGUUCGGGCGGCGAGAGAGGAGAAGGAGGAGGUGACGAGGGCGGUGGAGGCGUUGACUGUUCUUCUCCAUCACCUAUCUAACACGUAUGACCCCUUCAGCACGCCGAGACUGAAGGCUGAAGUGCGCAGAUUAAAUACCCAACUGACUGACACCAAACUGAGUCUCGACGAGAGCAGCGCAGCAUUGAAAAAGACUGCAGGAGAAGGAGGCCAGCACAGCAGAACAGCACAGCAAAGAGGUGCAGGAACUUACAGAACAGCAUCACCGCGCCCUUGACAGCCUGACAGCACAGCACAAGCACGACCUUGAUCUGGCUCUUGAGAAACACAGGAAAGAGUUAUCUAAAUUUGCAGAAGAUCAACAGACUCAGCGCGAAGAGGUGAGUCGCGCCCACACAGCAGAGGUGGAGCAGCUGGAUGGGGAAUGGAGGGCUAAGCUAGAUAUACAGCAUGAGAAGCAUCUGUGUGCCCUGCAGGAGCUGAACACCAAGCACAUGCACCAG